AUGGUUUCCCAGGGUUUUCCUUCCCGCCGUUUCCCGCCGUCUUCCUCGGUCAACUUGAUCCCCUCCGUUUCCUGCUCGUUCCGCGCUGCAGGCGGCGCAAUGUGCUCGUUCCGCGCUGCAGGCGGGGCGAUGUGCGCGUUCCGCGCUGCAGGCGGCGCAAUGUGCGCGUUCCGCGCUGCAGGCGGGGCGAUGUGCGCGUUCCGCGCUGCAGGCGGGGCGAUGUGCGCGUUCCGCGCUGCAGGCGGGGCGAUGUGCGCGUUCCGCGCUGCAGGCGGGGCGAUGUGCUCGUUCCGUGCUGCAGGCGGGGCGAUGUGCGCGUUCCGCGCUGCAGGCGGGGAGAUGUGCUUGUUCCGCGCUGCAGGCGGGGCAAUGUGCUUGUUCCGCGCUGCAGGCGGGGCGAUAUGCUCGUUCCGCGCUGCAGGCGGCGCGAUGUGCUCGUUCCGCGCUGCAGGCGGCGCAAUGUGCACGUUCCGCGCUGCAGGCGGGGCGAUGUGCGCGUUCCGCGCUGCAGGCGGCGCAAUGUGCUCGUUCCGCGCUGCAUGUGGCGCAAUGUGCGCGUUCCGCGCUGCAGGCGCGGCGUGUUGCUUCUUUCCUGAUUCCCGCCCUUUUCUGCCGUUGUACGAAGAACGUAUGACCGUGGCGCCGCCGCCCGCCUCUCAGCCAAUCACGGAUGGCCACGUGGCGGGGCAGGUGGGCAACGGCGCGGCGAGGAGAGAGGCACGAGAGGUGGCUGAGGUCUGCCGGACUUGGCCUCGACGUCGGACGAGCACUCAUCUCUGCUCCCCUGCGCUCACCUCUGCUCCCCUGCGCUCACCUCUGCUCCCUGCGCUCACCUCUGCUCCCCUGCGCUCACCUCUGCUCCCUGCGCUCACCUCUGCUCCCCUGCACUCACCUCUGCUCCCCUGCACUCACCUCUGCUCCCCUGCACUCACCUCUGCUCCCCUGCACUCACCUUUACUGUUCACCCACUUUUCACACCACCGUUUCCCGUCCCCCACUGUUCACGCCAUUGUUUCCCCGUCCCCCACUGUUCACGCCAUUGUUUCCCCGUCCCCAAAUGUUCACACCACUGUUUCUCCGUCCCCCGUUGUUCACACCACGGUUUUUUCCCCACUGUUCACCCACCUUUGUUCCCUCUGUUCCCUCUGUUCACCCCUCUGCCAUCCCCGCUUGCUCGCCAUGCUCCCCGCACUCACUUGCUAUGCUCCCUCCCUCCCCCACUCACUCAUUGCCCGAAACAUCCAGCCAGAGGUGGCUGAGCACUCAUCUCUGCUCCCCUGCGCUCACCUCUGCUCCCCUGCGCUCACCUCUGCUCCCCUGCGCUCACCUCUGCUCCCCUGCGCUCACCUCUGCUCCCCUGCGCUCACCUCUGCUCCCCGUGCGCUCACCUCUGCUCCCCUGCGCUCACCUCUGCUCCCCUGCACUCAUCUCUGCUCCCCUGCGCUCACCUCUGCUCCCCUGCGGUCACCUCUGCUCCCCUGCGCUCACCUCUGCUCCCCUGCGCUCACCUCUGCUCCCCUGCGCUCACCUCUGCUCCCCUGCGCUCACCUCUGCUCCCCUGCGCUCACCUCUGCUCCCCUGCACUCACCUCUGCUCCCCUGCACUCACCUCUGCUCCCCUGCACUCACCUCUGCUCCCCUGCACUCACCUUUACUGUUCACCCACUUUUCACACCACCGUUUCCCCGUCCCCACUGUUCAUGCCAUUGUUUCCCCGUCCCCCACUGUUCACGCCAUUGUUUCCCCGUCCCGAAAUGUUCACACCACUGUUUCUCCGUCCCCCGUUGUUCACGACCACGGUUUUUUCCCCACUGUUCACCCACCUUUUGUUCCCUCUGUUCCCUCUGUUCACCCCUCUGCCAUCCCCGCUUGCUCGCCAUGCUCCCCGCACUCACUUGCUAUGCUCCCUCCCCCCACUCACUCAUUGCCCAAAACAGCCAGCCAGGUGUGGGAGCGUGAGGUGGAGCACGUGUCCGGAGGAGAGCUGCAGCGCUUUGCCAUUGGAGUGGUGUGGGAGCGUGAGGUGGAGCAUCUGUCAGGAGGCGAGCUGCAGCGGUUUGCCAUUGGAGUGGUGGCGGGGCAGCUGGGAGACAUCUACAUAUACGUGAUUGUGGUGGAGCGUGACCUGAGUGUGCUCGACUAUCUCUCCCACUUCAUAUACGUCAUUGUGGUGGAGCACGAUCUCAGUGUGCUCGACUAUCUCUCGGACUUCAUCUGCUGCCUCUACGGCAAGCCCGGUGCCUACGGGGUGGUCACGCUGCCCUUCUCCGUGCGAGAGGGCAUCAACAUCUUCCUGGCUGGCUUCGUGCCAACCGAGAACCUGCGCUUCCGAGACGAGUCGCUCACAUUCAGGGUGAGUCUGCCGGGACGAAAACCCCUGGUGGAUAAUCCUGAGGAGGGAGGCCAAGACGUACAGUCGGUUCGGUACAGGUAUUUGGGCAUGAUCAAGAAGCACGGCGGGUUCAACCUCCUCCUUCCCCUCCCUCACUCCAUUCUUUCACCCCCCUUCAUUCCAUCUCAGGUGGCUGAAACCCCGGUGGAUAAUCCUGAAGAGGCCAAGACGUACACGCGAGGCCAAGACGUACACGCGCUACAAGUACCCGCGCAUGGUCAAGAAGCAGGGCGGAUUCAGCUGACGGUGGAACCUGGUGACUUCACGGACUCACAGAUCGUGGUGAUGCUGGGGGAGAACGGCACCGGCAAGACCACCUUUAUCCGCAUGCUGGUAGGGAAGCUGUCUCUCAUGGCUUGCACGUCUCUUUGGCUCUCUCUCCUCCCUGUCCCUUCCAUGAUCCAUCUUCCAUCCCUCCUCUCUCCCUUCCAGGCGGCUCUCUCAAGGCCGGACCCAGAUGAGGAAACCGGCAAGGAGGCCCAAGGCCGGCCUCUUGAAGGCAGAUCCAGACGAGGAGGACCGGGAAAGAAGCUGAGGACCUCCCGGAGUUCAACGUGUCGUACAAGCCGCAGAAGAUCAGCCGCAAGUUCCCCCUCUCAUACCCUCUCGUUCCUCUCCUUUCCGCUCUCCUGUGUCCUUCUCAACCCCUUACAGGCUGGUCUCUUAAAGGCUGACCCGGACGAGGAGACCGGCAAGGAGGCCGAGGACCUCCCGGAGUUCAACGUGUCGUACAAGCCGCAGAAGAUCUCCCCCAAGUUCCCCCACAGCGUGCGCGCGCUGCUGCACUCCAAGAUCCGAGACUCGUUCCACCACCCAGCAGUUCAACACCGACGUGCUGCGCCCCAUGCAGAUCGACCCGCUCCUGGACCAGGAGGUGGUGAAUUUGUCGGAAGUUGCCCCAUGCAGAUCGACCCCCUGCUCGACCAGGAGGUGGUGAAAAUCUCAGGAGGGGAGCUGCAGCGCGUGGCCAUCACGCUGUGCCUUGGCAAGGUAAGGAAGGGGGUGCAUCAAGUCCCUCUUGGGAUUUUAAGGUGGUCUGAGGCGGUUUUGGGGCGGUUUUGGGGUGGUUUGGGGGCGGUUUUGGGGUGGUUUUGGGGCGGUUUUGGGACGGUUUUGGGGCGGCUCAGAAGUUGUCUCAUGCAGAUCGACCCCCUGCUCGACCAGGAGGUGGUGAAUUUGUCAGGAGGAGAGCUGCAGCGCAUGGCUAUUUCCCUCUGCCUUGGGAAGCCUGCCGACAUCUACCUGAUUGAUGAACCCUCAGCCUACUUGGAUUCAGAGCAGCGCAUUGUGGCGGCCAAGGUGAUCAAGCGCUUCAUCCUGCACGCCAAGAAGACGGCGUUUGUGGUGGAGCACGACUUCAUCAUGGCCACGUACCUGGCGGACCGCGUCAUCGUGUACGAGGGGCAGCCGUCGGUGGACUGCACGGCGCGCACAGAGCCCCAGUCGCUCAACAGCGGCAUGAACCUCUUCCUCUCGGUGAGAGACCCCUUGUUGCUUGCUGUGGGCAGCCGUCCGUGGAUUGCACGGCUUGCACUCCUCAAGUCGCUCAACAGCGGCAUGAACCUCUUCCGGCAUGCCCAAGGGAGCUGUGCGCUUGUAGGGUGCACUCAUGGAACCCCUUUCUCCCUCCCGUUUUCACCUCUUCUCGCUACCGUGCCCCUCACAACCAUCGUUUCCUCCCACCCCCAACCACCACCACCCUCCCCCCCCCAGCAACUGGACAUCACGUUCCGGCGCGACCCCACCAACUUUCGGCCGCGCAUCAACAAGAUGGAUUCUGUCAAGGACCGCGAGCAGAAGAAUGCCGGCACCUACUACUACCUGGACGACUGA